AAUAGUGAAUAUAGUGGAGCAGACAAUGAAGGUACCUUAACUCCAUGUGAAGUACAAAAAUUGAAGUUAAAAGGCUUAAUUUCUGGUUUACCCACGUUAGAGAUAUCAAGUGAUUUAGAAGAUGAAGCAAAUCAACAUAAUUUACAAUCAACGUCCGAAGAAUAUUCAAAUUAUGAAAUUUUAUCUUGGUUUGAUGCCAUAUUUGAAAAAUCGUUAACACAAUGCACAAUGUCAACAGACAAUGAAAACUUUCAUUAUUGCCCAAAUGUGACUACUGACUUAAGAUUUUUAUUUAAGACUUUUGUUUUAUGGAGUGGUGUUAUGAGAAAAACAUUUAUGUAUGGAUUUGCUACUCAAUCAUCUGCCAUUGUUGAAAGUUAUUUCAAUGACUUAAAAAAUCGCACGUUUAAGAAUUAUUACACGCCAAUGGAAGUUGAUAAAUUUUUUUUACACCAUUAUGAGGCAAUUCAAGGACAAAUGACUAGCUAAAAUGAAGAUAGAUGAAGUUGGAAACACAUUUGCGACUGACGAUGAAAAAAAAGUCACAAGGGAACCAAAUAAAAGUGAAGCUAUAACUUCUGUUGCUUCGGAUAAAGAAAACUUGGGUGAAAAUAAGAAGAAUGAUGAACCGGAUGAACUUCAAAUUAUGACAAUCAAAGAUGAAACAGAUGCAUACGAAAAUUGGCGAAAUUUAGGUACUAGUGUCAAGAAACGAAAGUCGUACUAUGGGGCAGCAGCACCUGAAAUACUGCAUGUCACCGAAGGCAAAAAAAUUAAAAUCGGUAUUUUAACUAAUGGCAAUUUAUUACAUAAAUGUGUUAAUUUAAAUAAGAAAAAAUACAGAUUUGUGGAUACUUGUCCGUUAGAUUCCGUAAUACAGGGGUUAACAACUACGUAUUGUGAUAGCAAUGUAGUGCAAAUUUGUAUGGAGCAGAUGUUAUCACCUCAAGUAGUGGAAAUAGUAAAACAGUUGGCAACUGGCACAACAAAAUUGCAUACUUAUAAGUUGAGAGGGGAAAUUUACCUAUCUUCUAAUUUUGAAUUUCGAAAAACCACUUUAAUUAAUAAUACUAUCCGUGUGGAGUGCGCGAUGAACGCCGUAAAUGUUUUGCAAUAUUUUCUAGGAGAUGAUUUCCACAGUACUUGCACAACAAAUAUAUGCGAUAGUAAAGAAUGUGAUGUUACACAUCAAACAUUAUGUUCUAAAACAAUACCAAUAAAUAUUAAUAUUAUUAAAAAAAAUGGAUUCAAAGAUCUUAUCCAGUCUGCAGAAGACUGCUUAAUGUUCAAUAAAUGCAAUUUUACAACAGAAUUGUCUAAUAUUUUGUUUAUUGAUACGUGUGAUUGCGUUCUUAUUUGUUACGAUCAGCAAUAA